AUGGAAGCUAGAAAUAAUUGUAAUCAAAAAGCUUUGCAGCCAUCAUUACAUACUAAAAUUUUGAGCAAAUAAUAUUCUAUCAAAUCAGAAAACAGAAUAAAGACAUCUCAAACUGAUCUAAUAAAAUCAGUUGACACAUAAAAAAUAAUGAAUGACUUUUAUGAUUAAUGCAAAAAAAGAUUAAGUAAAUAUCAUUAUACUAAGAAGGAACUUAAAAUUUUAUGCAUGAAAGAAAUAAGUCUUAAUAAUUAUAAAGUGAUUCUUUAUUAUAAUCUAUUGAUAGUUGCCCAUCUUUUAGAAAUUAAAUUAAGACAGCAUAGAAUUCACCUCCUGAUAAGUACUUCUUAUUUAAUACUUGUGAGAAGGUUUUACUUCAAAAAAGCAAUGGAUCUAAACGUACAUAAACUAAAUAAGCAGAAAAACUUCUUUUACAAUAAAUAAAUUAAAAUAAUAGAGCAGAAUUAUUAUAGAAAAUAGAGUAAUAUAUAAGAAAUUUUUUCACUGAAGAAUGCAAAGAAAUGGCUAAUUUAUUUGACACAUUUAUGAGAGAGUUAAAUUAAUAAAUAUCAGAUCAAAAAUAUUAAUUAACAUUACAUGAAAAACAGUUAGAAAUAUAAAAAAUAGAUGAUAUAAUUAGAAUGAACACUAAUCAUGUUUGGGCACAUGAAGAUAUGGAAAAAUAAUUGAUUUCAUUAAAGUCUUAAAAUACAAAUCAAUAAAUGCAAAUUUAAAAAAAUGAAAAUGAUAUGAAAGACUUAAGAGCUAAAAUUAAUUAGUAAAAAUAAUAAUUAGAUUAAAAACAAAAUGAAAUUCUUAUAAAAAACAGAAAAAUCAAAGAAUUAGGAUUUGAAAUUCUUUAAUUAUAAAGAAAAAUUGAAUAUUUAGAAAAUAAAGCACACAAAGAUCAUAGAUAAUCAACCUAAUAAGUUAGGUAUUCAAUAUUUUAAAGUUAAUAAGUUGGAUCCAAUUCUAAUUUAAGUUAAUAAGGUAAUACAAUAUCAAAUAAAGAAAAUAAAUUUACUUCUUUAAUUGAAGAGCAGUAAGAAGAUUCUUCUCCUUCAAUUACAGAAGAAGAAGAUGAAGAAGAAAAAGAAUUAAAUUAAAUUGAAUUUAAUGCUGAAAGAAUUGUAGAAACAAGAGAAAAAGAAUCAUAAGUAGGUUUAGAUCUUAUUGUUAAUUAUACAACAACUAAAGAAGUUUAAACACAUUUAAAUUUGAUAGAUAAAAAAUUUGAUGAUCUAACCUCAGAUAUAUGCGAUCAAGCUAUUAAUUUUAUAGAAUUCUUUAAUAUUCCAAAAGAUAAAACAGAAAGUGAGUUUUCUUAACAAAAUAUUUCAUUUUUGAACAUCAACACAAUCGAUUAAUUAAGUGAAGAAGAAAUUACUAAAUUUGUAGAUUAAUAGAUAUCUCAAUCUGGAAUAUAAUAAAAUAAACCCUAAAUUGUGAGGUAAUCUUCCAUAAGGACAAAUAUGAAAAGGGCUUCUAUUAUUAUGGAAAAAUAACCUAUUCAAACUUAAUAAAUAUAAAUUAAUAAUAUUAAAGUUAAAUCUAUGAUCACCUUUAUUAAAUUAUAAGGAACUAAAUUAUUAUAAUUAGAAAAUACUAUUAAAGAUAGUAAUUCAACAAUGGAAGAAUUAAAAACUAUUAAUGAUAAAUUAGAGCAUUAAAAUAAGGAACUAAAAGAACAGAAUUCUAAAUUAAUUGAUUAAAUAACUAAUUUACAUAUUAAAGUAUCAGAUUUUGAAAAUUAAAUUAUGUCAGAUGCUAUGGAUUUAAAUUAAGUACUUGCUUAAUAAGAGAAGAAACCAUUAAAUUAAAAAGUAAAUACAUUAGCUUAGAGGAAAAAUAGAAAGGUUGCACCAUAAUUAGGAUAAAAAGUAAUAUAAAUUAAUAAAAUAAUAGGUUACAAUUAGUUAUGAUUUCUAAAAAAAUUAAUCAAAAUUACUUAUUGAAAAAAUUAAAUCUAAGACAAUAGGUAAAUUUAAUAAUUAUUUACCACUUAAGUUAGUACUGAAAAUGAUAUCUACUUUCUAUUUAGAAAAAAUAGCUAAUUAAAAAGAAAAUAAACUAUUAAGAGAUUAAGAUAUGUCAGCUUAUAUUUAUAAUUAUUAUUUACAAUAAUUUGGAUAUACUAAAGUUACUGAAUAAAGAUUUAUGAUUCUUGUAUUAUCAAUUAAAAAAUAUGUACAAAUUGUAAGAGUUAAUAUGUUUGCUAAAUUUAUGAAUUUAUUAGAGGAAAAAUCAAAUUAUAGAGUUGAAGAAUUAUAAAGAUAUUUGGAAGCAUUAGAAUAUGUACAUAAUAUUUAAAAUCUUGGAAUUGCUAUUAAAGAUAAUGAAUAAGAAUAAAAACAUUAUAUUCCUUAUGUUAGAGCUUUAGCUUAUUUAGGAUAGUUAUAAAAUUUUAAUUUUACUUAAGAAGAAUUAAAUUAUUUAAAAUAAGAUUUAGAAAAUUAAAAAGAACAUGAUCCAAAAAAUAUCAAUAAAGCAGGAAUUAUUGAUUUUGAUUUACUUAUGAUAAGAGUUUUAACCAUAUUUAGAAAUAAUGUAGAAAAAACUAAAUUAUAUGUUAUUAAUGCAUUUUCAGCAUGUGAUCUUGAUGGAAAUGGAAUGUGUAAUUUAGAUGAAUGGCUUCUUUUAAUUAGACAUAUUGAACCUGAUAAAUUUGAAGAAGAAAAAUUUGAAGAUAUUUUUGAAGAAUAUGCUGAUUUAGUAGAGGAUGAUGAAAAAAAUCUUUCUUUUGACAGAUUCUCUAUCUUAUGUAUGGAACAUGAACUUUUUAGUGAUGCUUAAUAAAAUAAGUUUUUAAAAGUGAAAAGUAUAUAUAUAUAUAAAAAUUAAUUAGGUAAUGCAGAUGCUGAAUAUCAAUAUGAAUAAUUAAAGGAAAAUUGGAUAUCAGUAUAUACUGAAUAAUUGAAGAGAUUAAAUGAAAUCAAAAUGGAUGAAAUUGAUAAAUAAAAAUGGUAAAAAAUACUCAAUGUUUUGAACAGAAAAAUAGCUUCUGAAUAUAGUAGUAAAAAACCCCUUCUUAUAGCCUUUAAAAUCUUUCUAGAAGAGUCUAAAUGA